UCAGAUUACUACAAAUUAUUUUUGCUGAAGCCUAGCAACACAGUUCCCUCCAAGCAGAAAUGUCAAAAUGGCGUCAACGCAGGACGCUUGGUAUAUAUCUUUACUUGGUUUAGCAGAACAUUUCCGAACAUCAAAUCCUCCUGACAUAAAAAGUUGUAUUCAGUGCCUACAAGCUGUAUUUAAUUUUAAACCGCCCCAAAGGGUCGAGGCCCGAACUCAUUUACAACUUGGAAAUAUCCUUUUGACACACACUAAAAACAUCGACUUGGCGAGGACGCAUUUAGAGCAGAGUUGGUGCCUCUCUCAGACUAUCAAUGGGUUCGAUGACGUCAAGUUUGAAGCGGCGAGUGUGCUGGCAGAGCUGUUUGAGCAGCAGGGCCAGCCCACUCACUCCAAACCUAUCCUUCGCAAAGCAAUUGAGUUAUCACAACACAGUGUUUACUGGCACUGCAGGCUAAUAUUCCAACUGGCACAAAUCCACGCAACGGAAAGAGAAUAUGAAGUGGCAAGUAGUCUCCUGGGCGUGGGAGUGGACUACGCCCAGAUCUCCAAUGCAGCAUACACAAGGGUACUCUUCCUGCUUAGUAGGGUAAUGCUGCUUUUAAUAGAUAAGAAAAUCCAAGAAGUUUUACCGCUGCUGAACCAGGCAGGCCACCUAGUAGACUCCUGGACGGGAAGUCCACACCAGAAGGAGUACCUCAAAGUCUUCUUCUUGGUACUACAAGUAUGCCACUACCUAAUGGCUGGGCAGGUGAAGAGCGUGAAGCCGUGCUUGAAACAGCUGCAGCAAAGCAUUCAGACAAUCAUGGCCCCUGCGUGGCCUGAUGAUGACACGGUAUGCGGUACCGCGCCAGGCGAAUCAUUCGUGUGGCUAUCGCGGCAACAACUUUACGUGCUGGUGUACUUAGUCACGGUGAUGCACUCAGCGCAGGCCGGCUACAUGGACAAGGCGCACAAGUACACGGAGAAGGCAUUGGCACAGAUCGACAAGUUGACUGGUAUGUUUCUGUUUAUGUUCCAGCAUGUCGUGGUGGAGCACGCGGCGCUGUGCCGGCUGGUGUGCGGCGGCAAGGCGCACGCGCUGCACGAGAUCGCACGCGCCGCGCACCUGCUCACUGUGGCGCCCACCGCGGCCAGCGCAGCAGCCCACACGCCGCAACUGCACUGCCUGCUCGGUCUAUACGCUAUGUCCAUGAAUUGUAUGGAGGCGGCCGAGGCGCAGUUCCUCACCGCGAUACACAUGUCGCAAGAAAGAGACUUAUGGAUGUUCGCGAAACUUAACCUGGCCAUUGUUUACUUACGGGGGCGGCGGGACAACGACUUAGCGCAGCUCAUGGAACAGGUCCGACCAGAGGCGUUGCCGGCCUACGCGCACGGGCUGAGAGCCGCCUCCUACUACGUGCUAGGGCUCCAGGCCUUUUUCCAAGCGCGGUACAAUGAGGCCAAACGGUACCUCCGGGAGACCCUCAAGAUGGCGAAUGCGGAGGACCUGAAUCGGCUGACGUCCUGCUCGCUCGUGCUGCUCGGGCACAUCUUCCUCUCUAUCAACAACUCGCGCGAGUCCAUGAACAUGGUCACGCCGGCCAUGCAGCUCGCCAGCAAGAUCCCCGACGUGCACGUGCAGCUGUGGGCCUCCGCCAUACUCAAGGAUCUAUACCGGCUAGCCGGCGACACGGAGCGCGAGAACGAAGCAUACCAGAUGCACUGCAACUUCUCGCAGUCCCUCCUGAAGGACCACUUCCAGGCCACGCAGCUCCCGCAGCACGCGCUCGUGCACUGGACGCAGGGCCCGCCCCCCGCGCUGCCGCCCCCACCCGCGGCCUCCAACCCCACGUAGGC